AGAAGCUCGAGACGUCGCCGGAGUCGCACGCAGAGCCGAGCCUUCAAAACCGAAGAAAAGAGAAAGAGAGAGGGGGAAAAAAGAAGACAAAAAGUUCAGCACCAUGAGGAGGACCGCCGCCAGACACUUGUUGUGCUUGCUGCUGCUCUCCGUUCCGCUCUCGUGGGCAGAGGACACGAAAAAAGACGCGAGGAAGACCGAGAACGUCACAGUUUGGGGACAAACUAAAGCAAGACGACUAUUUGCGAGGCAUAAGAUUUCUCCAGCAGAGCAGAGUCACAUUAGACACAAGUCCCACAUCCUGACCCCGGCGCGGCGCUGCGGCCGCCUGAUGGAGAACUGCUCCUCACACUUGCCUUGCUGCGACCCGUGCGCCUCCUGCCGCUGCCGGCUCUUUAACACCAUCUGUCACUGCUGGAGGAUGAAUCCGCUCUGCCUGAAGAGGACCUAGUGGCGACCCGCCGGUACACCCCUGCACACACUUGGGGAGUUUUCUCUAAUUCUGCUUCAAUCAUCCAACAGCAGAGCGCAGUCGCUGUGAAUAAGAUAGUAAAAAUAAGGGGAUGUUUCUAAGGAGAUAUAGCAUAAAAGAAAAGCUAAGUUGUCAUCACACGCAGCUUAUUUAUCUGCCUCUGAAGGCAGAUAAAGACGCAACAUAUGAGCCUGCUAGAUCUCACUAAAAGUGUACAACGUUUCCUGUAUAAACACUGAUUCUUGCCAUUUCUCUGAAAAAAUUAGAAUAGAAUAAGUUUAUGAAGUGAUUCUGGCUCAUUACACUAUUGAGCUGUCUGUUAGCUCACAUCAGUGUGUGUCGCCUCACAGAGACGAGACAG